AUGGAAGAAAUUAAUAAAGGUAUCAAUUUAAAUUUUGAUAUGGAAAAAGAUGCCUUAGUUGAAUGGGCUAAGUAUGGAAGGUUGUUAAACAUUAUUUGUGGUGAUUUUGUUACUUAUCCUCCUGGAGUUAAACCAGCUUUACGAACAACAGAAACAGUUGAUUGGAGAACUCCUUUUACUUCAUACUUCUGA